AUGAAUUACCUGUACAUGAAGAAGUGUGUGGAGUCCAGCCCAGUGGUGCCCAUCCAGAAGCACUGGCUAAGCUCCAUGCUGUCCCUGGUGCCACAGUCACUGCAGAAGGGCAGGGAUAUGGAGGCUCUUGUUCAGGACCUUUUAGAAGAAGUUUCACAAGACUUUGAAAAAAGCAUGAAGAGACACCUGGUGAAAAGUUUUUUGGUGAAACCAGAUGUUAAAGGUUUGGAAUCAGAAGAUCCUGAUCUGUUGCCUGAAGAUCCCACGGGUCUGGAUUACUCCAAGCCAUGGCAUCAGAGUUUUGUACAAGCCAGAAAUGAGAUCAAUAAGAACUUGUACCUGCUUCAUCCAGCCUUGAGGACCAUGCUAGACCUGGGCUACUCAGCUUUUUCAAGUCUGCUCAUUAUUGAUCUGUCUGGUUACAGAUCGAAGGGGCCCGUUGAAUGUGAGUCAUUAAAGAAUAACGUGUCCCUAGCUUGUGCGAAGACAGAAGAAAAGUUAAUGAACACAUGGUACCCCAAAGUGGUCAAUCUCUUUACCAGCAAAGAAGCCUUCCAGCUCAUUAAACCUGACAAAGUAGACUCCUUCUACAGCUGUGUCUCCACUCUGAUCUCCAAUCAGAUUAAGGACCUCUUACAGAGGACAGUAGAAGCUUUCAUAAAAUUAUUUGACCCUGAAGAUACGCAGUACUUACCGCUUUUCAAAAUGCAACUUACCUUUGAUGAUGAGAAGAUGGAUUUUUAUCCCAGCUUCCAGGACUUAGAAGAAGCCAUUUUGUUCAUUGUGACCAGAGUCUCGGAGACAUUACAGAAUGUUCAGUCAGUUCAAUCAUGGCUGUCUGGCAGCAAUACAGUUCAAAUUAUUGAGGCCACAUUGUCUAACUACAUCAUCAAUUCUGCUGUUCUGAAGCUGAAAACAACAAUCAGCCACCAUUUAAAGGAGCCCAUGAUCCAUUUCCAGACAUAUGUUGAAAGUUACAGCUGGCUUGUGGACGGCUCAGCAGAUGAGAAAGUGCAGACGUUCCUGAAUGAAGAGCACAGCUUUGAUGAAUAUACAGCGUUCAUAGAACAGUUCCACAGCCUGGCCAGGGAAAUAAUGGGACUGCCCGCACGGGCUCACUUUACUAUGGUGCAGUUGGAUUGUGAUGAUCUCAAGGAAGGGCUGGCUGACAAGGCCAAAAGCUUAGCCAACAUAUUGCUAGAGAGUCUGGUGGCAGACCACAGAUCGGAGAAUGAAAACAUCUGUACGGAAUUCGAGGCCAUUAAAGUUAAGGUGUUAAAAGUUCCUGAAACAACAGAAGAUGUAAUUGCAGAGAUUGAAUUUGUUGAGGAGGCUAAAACGAAAGGCAUUGUAGCUCUGAAAUCCCGAAUCUUGGAAUGCCAGAGAAGAAUGAAUUAUCUUCUAGAUGUAGUUUUAUUUUCACCAGCAGAUCUUGCCCUAAACUCGACAGUGUUAUUGUGGCCUCAAAAUAUUAACCCAGUGUUUGAUGAAAAUGAUGAGCUGAUUGAAAAGGCCAAGCGUAAAGGAGAGAGUGAACUAUUGGGGAAGAGAGAGAAGCUCAUGCUUGAGCUGGAAAAGAUGUCACGUCGGAUGGAGGAGUUUGCAGAGUGCUCUGAGUUGGAUAUGAUGCAGCAGUAUGUGGCAGACGUGAGAACAGUACAGAAGCGAAUAGCAGAUGCCGAGGAGGUCAUAGCUUACAUUAAUAAAGAAGAAGCGUUGUACAAAUGGGACCUGACAAGCUACCCUGAGCUGGAUGCCUUGAAAGCUGACAUCGACCCAUACCAGAAACUGUUUGCCCUCAUUUAUAAAUGGCAAAGGGCUGAAAAGAAGUGGACCGAUGGAGCUUUUCUUGACCUGAAUGGAGAGAGCAUGGAAGCUGAAGUAGAUGAAUUCUUCCGAGAGGUGUAUAAGAUGAUGAAACUGUUCCAGCAGAAGGAAAAGAAGGCAGAACAGGAGAAGAAGAAGGCAGUCAUUCAAAGGUCAUUGACAGAUGAUAAGGUGGAAGAAGAGAAGAAGGAAAGCAGUACAGUUCUUAUGUGUUCUUCCAUUAUCGAGCAAAUCAAGGCUUUUAAGGAAUAUAUCCCCCUGGUGAGCAUCCUUUGUAACCCAGGAAUAAGGACCCACCACUGGGAUCAGAUUUCGGAGAUUGUAGGGUAUGACCUUACACCCAAUUCUGGUACCACCCUCAGAAAAGUUCUGAAGCAGAAUUUAACUCCUUAUCUCGAGAGAUUUGAGCAGAUUAGUGCUGCAGCUAGCAAGGAAUUUUCCUUGGAAAAGGCAAUGCAUACAAUGCAGGACAUGUGGGACUCCAUUUCCUUUAACACCAGCGCUUACCGUGAAUCAGGUGUGUCCAUCCUAUCCGCAGUGGAUGAAAUCCAGACCAUUCUAGAUGACCAGAUUGUCAAGACACAGACAAUGAGAGGAUCCCCUUUCAUCAAGCCUUUUGAGAAAGAAAUAAAGCAAUGGGAGGAGCGCCUUAUCAGGAUCCAGGAAACGAUUGAUGAAUGGCUGAAGGUGCAAGCUCAAUGGCUCUACCUAGAUCCUAUAUUCUCUUCUGAGGACAUCAUGCAGCAAAUGCCUGAGGAAGGACGACUUUUCCAGACAGUGGACAGAAACUGGAGAGAAAUCAUGAAACACUGUGUAAAAGACCCCAAGGUUUUAAGUGCCACCUCCCUCACUGGCCUUCUGGAAAAGCUGCAGGAUAGUAACACGCUCCUGGAUAAAAUCAUGAAGGGGCUUAAUGCUUAUUUGGAAAAGAAGAGGCUUUUCUUCCCUAGAUUUUUCUUCCUGUCCAAUGAUGAAAUGCUGGAGAUUCUGUCUGAGACAAAGGAUCCACUCCGAGUUCAGCCUCAUCUCAAGAAAUGCUUUGAAGGGAUUGCUAAACUAGAGUUCCUCCCCAACUUGGAUAUCAAAGCCAUGUACAGCUCGGAAGGGGAGAGGGUUGAACUUAUCCAGACAAUUUCCACUUCAGAGGCACGAGGGGCUGUGGAGAAAUGGCUCAUCCAGGUGGAGGAUGUAAUGCUGAGAAGUGUACGCGACGUUAUUGCCCGCUCUAGAAUGGCAUAUCCUGAGACUGCCAGGAAAGACUGGGUGAGAGAGUGGCCAGGACAGGUAGUGUUAUGUGUAUCUCAGAUGUUCUGGACCAGCGAGGUGCAUGAAGCUAUACGCAGUGGCCCUGAGGGAUUAAAAAAUUACUAUGAUAAACUUCAGCAUCAGCUCAAUGACAUUGUUGAACUUGUACGAGGCAAGCUGUCCAAGCAAACACGUACCACACUGGGAGCUUUGGUGACCAUAGAUGUCCAUGCCAGGGAUGUGGUCAUGGACAUGAUAGAAACAGGUGUUUCCCAUGAAACAGACUUCCAGUGGUUGGCUCAGCUGCGCUAUUACUGGGAAAAUGAGAACGCCCGCGUCCGAAUCAUUAACUGCAACGUGAAAUAUGCUUACGAGUACCUAGGCAACUCACCACGACUGGUCAUUACACCUCUUACUGACAGAUGCUACAGAACCCUGAUUGGUGCUUUUUACCUAAAUCUUGGAGGAGCUCCUGAGGGACCUGCAGGUACAGGAAAGACCGAAACUACCAAAGAUUUGGCUAAGGCUCUGGCCGUGCAGUGUGUGGUGUUCAACUGCUCUGAUGGUCUGGACUACAUAGCAAUGUCAAAGUUCUUCAAGGGUCUGGCAUCAUCUGGAGCAUGGGCUUGCUUUGAUGAAUUUAACCGUAUUGAGUUGGAGGUGCUCUCGGUUGUGGCCCAGCAGAUCCUCUGCAUCCAGAGAGCCAUUCAGAUGAAAAUGGACAUGUUCAACUUUGAAGGCACAGAAUUGAAACUCAACCCAAACUGCUUCGUAGCUAUUACUAUGAAUCCUGGUUACGCAGGGCGAUCCGAGCUGCCUGACAACCUCAAGGUUCUUUUCCGCACUGUAGCUAUGAUGGUUCCCAACUACGCACUGAUUGCAGAGAUCUCACUUUAUUCUUAUGGGUUUCUACAUGCAAAGCCUUUAUCAGUCAAGAUUGUUAUGACAUAUAGGCUUUGCUCUGAGCAACUAUCCUCCCAGUUCCAUUAUGAUUAUGGAAUGCGUGCAGUGAAGGCAGUGCUAGUGGCUGCUGGGAACUUGAAGCUGAAAUUCCCCAAUGAAAAUGAGGAUAUUCUUCUUCUUCGGUCUAUUAAGGAUGUCAAUGAGCCAAAGUUCUUAUCUCAUGAUAUCCCAUUAUUUAAUGGAAUUACCAGUGACCUGUUCCCUGGCAUCCAUUUACCCGAAGCAGACUAUAAAGAUUUGCUGGAGUGUGCACAUGAGUGUUGCAUUAAACACAAUGUUCAACCGGAGAAGGUGUUCCUGGAAAAGAUGAUACAGACCUAUGAAAUGAUGAUUGUCAGACAUGGUUUUAUGCUGGUUGGAGAGCCGUUUUCAGGCAAAACAAAGGUCCUCCAUAUACUGGCUGAUACACUGUCUCUUAUGAAUGAACGAGGGUGCGAGGAAGAAAAAGUCAUCUACAGAACAGUGAACCCAAAAUCCAUCACAAUGGGACAGUUGUUUGGACAGUUUGAUCCGGUGUCACAUGAGUGGACUGAUGGCAUUGUUGCUAACACAUUUCGUGAAUUUGCAUUAUCUGAGACCCCAGAAAGGAAAUGGGUAGUGUUUGAUGGCCCUAUCGAUACAUUGUGGAUAGAAAGUAUGAACACCGUUCUUGACGAUAAUAAAAAGCUUUGCUUAAUGAGUGGUGAGAUUAUUCAGAUGUCAGCACCGAUGAGUCUCAUCUUUGAAGCAAUGGAUCUUUCCCAAGCUUCGCCAGCCACAGUGAGUCGUUGUGGUAUGAUCUACCUGGAACCCCAACAGCUAGGCUGGGAACCCCUGGUGAAGUCAUGGCUCAACACCCUCCCUGAGGCCUUGAAGACAAAGGAACAUUUAGCUCUCUUAGAUGACCUGUUCCAGUGGCUUAUACGACCAGCUUUACGAUUCCUUAGGAAACAGUGCAAGGAACUGGUGGGAACCAGCAACAGCAAUGUGGUGAUAUCACUUACCCGGCUCUUUGAGAUGCUAAUUUUUGAUGCAGUGAAGGAAGAACCCACCAAUAAGAGCAUUCGUAUUUGGAUCAUGAAGCCUGUCAAAUCGUUCUGCUCAUUCCUAUGAAGCUUCAUUUAUACUCAGGCUUGCUUUGCUUUCUCCAUGGUGUGGUCUAUUGGGGGCUGCUGUGAUGCCGACAGCCGGAACAAGUUUGACGCUUUUCUCAAGGAGAUUACAACAGGAAAAAAUGGGCAGAAUCCAAUUCCAGCAUCUAUAGGGAAAUGGGAAUGUCCUUUUGAUGAUAAAGGCCUGGUAUAUGAUUUCAUGUAUGAGUUGAAAGGCAGGGGUCGCUGGGUUCACUGGAAUGAAUUUAUCAAAAGCACAAGUGUGGGGGACACAAACACCAAAAUCCAAGAUAUCAUCGUCCCAACCAUGGAUACUAUCCGAUAUACCUUCCUCAUGGACAUGUCUAUCAAGUACUCUAAGCCAUUGCUGUUUGUAGGACCAACUGGUACGGGUAAAUCAGUGUACGUAAAGGACAAGUUAAUGAACAAUCUGGACAAAGAACAAUUCUUUCCAUUCUUUAUUAAUUUUUCUGCUCGGACCAGUGCCAAUCAAAUACAGAAUAUUGUCAUGGACCGGCUGGAUAAAAGACGUAAAGGAGUAUAUGGACCUCCAGUGGGAAAGAAAUGUGUCAUAUUUGUGGAUGACAUGAAUAUGCCAGCCUUAGAAAAAUAUGGUGCACAGCCACCUAUCGAGCUUCUGAGACAGUUCUUCGACCAUGGAAACUGGUAUGACUUGAAGGACACCUCCAAAAUCACUCUGGUUGAUGUCCAGCUGAUUGCAGCUAUGGGACCCCCUGGUGGUGGGAGAAAUGCAGUGACACCCCGAUUCUUGCGUCAUUUCAACAUUUGCACUAUCAACUCCUUUAGCGAUGAGACCAUGGUGCGAAUCUUCUCAGCAGUUGUGGCAUUCUACCUGAAAAAUAAUGAAUUUUCCCCUGAAUUCUUUACAGUUGGGAACCAAAUUGUGAAUGGCACAAUGGAGGUGUACAAAAAAGCCAUGGAGAACCUGCUGCCUACGCCAGCCAAAUCCCAUUACACAUUUAAUCUUCGGGACUUCUCUCGGGUGGUACAGGGGUGCUUACUUAUCAAGAAAGAAGCUGUGGAGAACAAGCGUGUUAUGGUGCGCCUCUUCGUCCAUGAGGUUCUGCGAGUCUUUUAUGACCGCCUAGUGGAUGACAAGGACCAGUCCUGGCUCUUCAAACUGUUAAAAGAUGUGGUUAAAGAGCAUUUCAAGGAAAAUUUUGAAUCUGUCUUUGAGCAUCUGAAACACGGGAAUGAGCCUGUCUGUGAGGAAGAUAUUAGGAAUCUUCUGUUUGGUGACUACUUGAACCCUGAUCUGGAAGGAGAUGAACGCCUGUAUUCGGAGAUACCAAGUGUGCAGCAGUUUAAUGAUAUAGUGGAGAGAUGUCUGGACGAAUACAACCAAACUCACAAGACCCGCAUGAACCUGGUUAUAUUCAGAUAUGUACUUAAACACUUAUCCCGUAUUUGCCGCAUAUUGAAGCAGCCAGGUGGCAAUGCCUUGCUGGUUGGAGUCGGAGGCAGUGGACGGCAAUCGCUGACUCGUUUGGCCACAUCUAUGGCAAAGAUGAGCAUUUUCCAGCCUGAGAUCUCCAAAAGCUAUGGCAUGAAUGAAUGGAGGGAAGAUCUGAAGGGUCUGCUGAGGAAUGUAGGCGUGAAAGGACAGAAGACCGUGUUUCUUAUUACAGACACACAGAUUAAAACAGAGGCCUUUCUGGAAGAUGUGGACAGUCUGCUCAACACUGGGGAGGUUCCUAACCUUUUUGCUGCAGAUGAAAAGCAGGAAAUUAUGGAGGGAGUUCGCCCAGCAGCACAAGCAGGGAAUAAAAAUGUUGAGCUCAGUCCUCUGGCUUUAUUCGCUUUCUUUGUGAACCGCUGCAAGGAAAAUCUCCACAUUGUAGUUGCCUUCAGCCCCAUUGGAGAUGCAUUUCGCAAUCGCCUGCGGCAAUUUCCUUCUCUUAUCAACUGCUGCACUAUUGACUGGUUCCAGCCAUGGCCAGAGGAUGCCCUUGAGCGGGUGGCUGUCAAGUUUUUGGAGACGUUGGAAAUGACCAGUAUGGUGCGCCAGGAAGUGGUUCCAAUCUGUAAAUACUUCCACACAUCAGCCAUAGUACUAUCAGAGAAGUUUUUGAGAGAACUGGGGAGACAUAAUUAUGUGACUCCCACCUCCUACCUGGAGUUGAUCGCUGCUUUCCGUCAGCUGCUCUCCCAUAAUCGGGACACAGUGAUGAAGGCAAAAAAGAGAUACACUAAUGGUUUAGAUAAAUUGGCCUUUGCUGAAUCCCAGGUUGGAGAUAUGAAGAAGGAACUGGUGGAAUUACAGCCCAAACUGGAAGAAGCCAAAAUAGAAAACGCUGAAAUGAUGAAGGUUAUAGAAAAAGAGUCAGCACAGGUGGAAGCAAAGAGUAAAAUAGUUCGAACAGAUGAAGAAGCUGCCACCCAGAAAGCCAGCGAAGCCCAGGCCUUGAAAAAUGAGUGUGAGAGCGACCUUGCAGAGGCCAUACCAGCCUUAGAGGCCGCCAUGUCUGCUCUUAACACUCUUAAGCCAUCAGAUAUCACAAUUGUAAAAACAAUGAAGAAUCCGCCUUCGGGUGUAAAACUCGUCAUGGAAGCUAUUUGUGUCAUGAAAGAGAUCAAGCCAGAGAAAAUAAAUGAUCCUGCUGGGACUGGGCAGAAGGUCUUUGAUUACUGGGGACCCAGUAAGAAGCUUCUGGGAGAUAUGAAUUUUCUAAAAGACCUGCGAGAAUAUGACAAAGAUAACAUUCCGGUAUCAGUGAUGCAAAAGAUCCGUAGUGAAUUCGCCACCAAUUCUGACUUUGAUCCAGCUAAGGUGGUGAAAGCUUCCUCUGCAGCUGAAGGAUUGUGCAGGUGGAUUCUCGCCAUGGAAGUCUAUGAUAGAAUUGCAAAGGUGGUAGCUCCCAAGAAAGCUCGGUUGCUGGAGGCUGAGCAGUCUCUGGCAGAGACUAUGACAGUGCUGAACCAGAAGAGGGCAGAGCUAAAAGAGGUAGAGGAUAGCUUAGCCGCCCUGAAAGCCACGUUUCGGGAGAAAACAGAGGAGAAAGCCCAGCUGGAAUUCCAAGUGGAUUUAUGUGCUAAAAAGCUAGUACGUGCAGAGAAGUUAAUAGGGGGACUUGGUGGAGAGAAACACAGAUGGUCCAAUGCUGCAGACUCUCUGCAGAAUGUUUAUGAUAAUCUGACUGGGGAUGUCCUUGUAUCGGCUGGUGUCAUUGCCUACCUGGGAGCUUUCACUGCUGGAUUCCGGCAAGAAUGUACUAAAGACUGGAGCAAACUGUGCAAGACUAAAAUGAUCCCCUGCUCUGCAGACUUUUCCUUGAGUAAGAUCCUUGGAGACCCAAUUAAAAUCAGAGCCUGGAAUAUCGCUGGAUUACCAACAGAUAAUUUCUCUAUAGACAAUGGCGUCAUUGUGAGCAAUUCAAGGCGAUGGCCUUUGAUGAUUGACCCCCAGAGCCAAGCUAACAAAUGGAUUAAGAAUUCAGAAAGGGAGAACCAGUUGAGUGUGAUCAAAUUAACAGAUUCAGACUACAUGCGGACUCUGGAGAACUGUAUCCAGUUUGGCACUCCUCUUCUCCUGGAGAAUGUUGGGGAAGAACUGGACCCAUCGCUGGAGCCAUUACUACUGAAACAGACUUUUAAACAGGGGGGUGUGGACUGCAUCCGACUUGGAGAAACAGUUAUUGAAUAUUCAAAGGAUUUCAGAUUCUACAUCACAACUAAACUGAGAAAUCCACAUUAUCUGCCUGAAUUGGCAACUAAAGUCUCUCUGUUAAACUUCAUGAUCACCCCAGAGGGUCUGGAAGACCAGUUACUUGGGAUCGUUGUGGCGAAAGAGAGACCAGAGCUUGAAGAAGAGAGGAAUGCAUUGAUAUUACAGUCGGCUGCUAAUAAAAAACAGCUAAAGGAGAUUGAAGACAAAAUAUUGGAGACCUUGCAGUCCUCAGAGGGAAACAUCUUGGAAGAUGAGAGUGCCAUCCAGAUCUUAGACUCUGCCAAGAUCAUGUCCAAUGAGAUUACCAAAAAGCAACAGAUUGCAGAGAAAACCGAACUUAAGAUAGCAGAGUCUCGAGAAGGCUACAGGCCCAUCGCUAAGCACUCAUCUGUCCUCUUCUUCAGUAUUGCUGACCUGGCUAACAUUGACCCAAUGUAUCAGUAUGCCCUCAACUGGUUUGUCAACCUCUACAUAAACUCCAUUCAGGACAGCAACAAAUCCAAAAUCUUGGAAAAACGUCUUCGUUACCUGAAUGAUCACUUUACCUACAAUUUAUACUGCAACGUGUGCCGCUCCCUCUUUGAGAAGGACAAACUCCUGUUUUCCUUCUUGCUUUGCUGCAAUCUUCUCAUGGCAAAGAAGGAGAUUGGGUAUCUGGAAUUUAUGUUCUUAAUGACUGGAGGAGUGGGCCUGCAGAAUAAUGUGGCCAACCCAGCACCAUCUUGGCUUCCUGAUAAAAGCUGGGAUGAGAUUUGCCGCACUAGCGAUUUACAUUCCUUCAAAGGUUUAAGGGAACACUUCAUAGAAAAUCCCAAUGCAUGGCACACAAUAUAUGACAGCAGGGAGCCACACAAUGUUCCUUUACCCAACCCAUUCAAUGAAAAACUGAACGAGCUCCAGAAAAUGAUCAUUCUACGAUGCCUGAGACCAGACAAGAUCACCCCAGCUGUGACCAAUUAUGUGACUGAUAAAUUGGGGAAGAAGUUUGUUGAGCCACCUCCAUUUGAUUUAUCAAAAAGUUAUUUGGAUUCCAAUUCUACAAUCCCCCUCAUCUUUGUCUUGUCACCUGGAGCUGAUCCAAUGGCAAGCUUAUUGAAAUUUUCCAAUGACAAGAACAUGGGGGGUGGUGAAAAAUUCCAGGCCAUCUCUCUUGGACAAGGACAGGGGCCUGUGGCUGCAAAAAUGAUAAAAGAGGGAGCAGCAAAUGGAACUUGGGUCUGUCUACAGAACUGCCACCUGGCUGUGUCCUGGAUGCCAACGCUGGAGAAAAUCUGUGAGGAGUUUACUAGUGACACAUGUCACCCAGACUUUAGACUCUGGUUAACUAGUUAUCCAUCACCAAAGUUUCCCGUCACCAUUCUUCAGAACGGAGUUAAGAUGACCAAUGAACCACCAACAGGACUAAGGCUUAAUCUAUUACAAUCAUACCUCACUGACCCCAUCUCUGACACUGAGUUCUUCAGUGGCUGCCCAGGGAAAGAACAGAUAUGGGAGAAGCUGCUGUUUGGGGUGUGUUUCUUCCAUGCUCUGGUCCAGGAAAGGAAGAAGUUUGGUCCUCUUGGAUGGAACAUUCCAUAUGGCUUCAAUGAAUCUGAUUUGCGAAUAAGCAUUCGUCAGUUACAGCUGUUUGUCAAUGACUAUGACCAUGUCCCCUUUGAAGCAAUCUCAUAUCUAACUGGAGAAUGUAACUAUGGAGGGCGUGUGACAGAUGACUGGGACCGGCGUCUCCUACUAACCACUCUAGCAGAUUUCUAUAACAAUGAUAUAGUGGAGAAUCCCCGUCAUUCCUUUUCUCCAAGUGGAGACUACCUAGCGCCACCUAAAGGCACUUAUGAGGAUUACAUAGAAUUCAUCAAGCGGCUCCCAUUCAGUCAGCACCCUGAGGUCUUUGGCUUACAUGAAAAUGUUGACAUAUCAAAAGAUCUACAGCAAACGAAAAUUAUUUUCGAGUCCUUACUCCUCACUCAGGGGGGAAGCCGACAAGGAGGCUCAUCUGGGGCCAUUGAUAACACAUUAUAUGAGAUAGCCAGUGAUAUACUCAGCAAGCUUCCCAAGGAUUUUGACAUCGAAGCAGCUCUUCAGAAGUUCCCAGUGAGAUAUGAAGAGAGCAUGAACACUGUGCUGGUACAGGAGAUGGAGAGGUUUAAUAACUUAAUCCGAACUAUCCGGAUCACGUUGCAAAAUCUACAGAAGGCCAUCAAGGGUCUGGUGGUAAUGGAUUCAGAACUGGAGGCCCUGUCUAGCAGUUUAAUUGUGGGGAAGAUUCCUGAGACAUGGGCCAAGCGUUCUUAUCCCAGCCUAAAACCUCUGGGAAGUUACAUCAGUGAUUUCCUGGCCCGGCUGAAGUUCUUACAGAACUGGUGUGACUCUGGCAAACCACAUGUGUUCUGGCUGUCAGGGUUCUUCUUCACACAAGCGUUUUUAACCGGAGCCAUGCAGAACUACGCCAGAAAAUACCAAAUUCCCAUUGAUCUUCUGGGGUAUGAAUUUCAGGUUCUACCUAUAGAUACCUCUGACACCUCUCCAGAAGAUGGUGUAUAUAUUAAUGGAUUAUUUUUGGAUGGAGCUCGGUGGGACAAGAAGAGUGGUGUGCUGGUAGAACAACACCCCAAAAUCUUAUUUGACCUGGUGCCGAUAAUCUGGAUAAAACCAAGUAAAAAAUCUGAAAUAAAGAAGACCAAGUCCUAUGUGUGUCCUCUCUACAAGACCAGUGAACGAAAGGGAACCCUGUCCACCACAGGCCACUCCACCAACUUUGUCAUUGCUAUGCUGCUGCCAAUAGACAAACCAGUACAACAUUGGAUAAAGAGAGGGGUUGCCCUCCUCUGCCAGCUCGAUGACUAAGAACACACUCA